AGAGUAGACAAUUGCUAGGAGUAAAAUACCUUUGAAGAAAAGAUGGUGGCCAAACGUGUGGCUAACUCAAUACUUGUGCUGAGGAUAGUUGCUCUUGUAACCGCGGCUGCAACUAUGGCUUUACUGGUUAAUGACAACUACAAAUUUGAUAAUGGUGGAGAGCUGAAAUAUCAAGAUUUCACUUCAUACAGCCUUGUGGUAGCUAUUGCAGCAAUUGCCUGUGCAUAUUGUAUAGUGCAGCUUCCUUUUGCCAUAUAUUAUGCGAUACGACGGAAGAGGUUGAUAAGCAAUGGAUUCUUUCCAGAAUUUGACUUCUAUGGAGACAAGGUAACUAGUUUGCUUCUGGCCGCAGGCAUUGGUGCUGGUUUUGCAUUGUCUGUGGAAUUAAAAAAGUUCAUCGACGACCAGAUUACAAGUUCGGAUGAUUUUAGUUCCACAUAUGCCAAGAUUUUAAUUCGAGGGUUGAUUGCUUCUGCUUUUCUUUCGGUCACAUUCCUCUCCAUGGCUAUCCUUUCAGUAAUUUCCUCCAAUAACCGAAGCAAAAUGCAACCCAACUCCUACUAAAGCCUUGCUAUAAUACGUAAAGUUUAUCAUCAAUGUUGAGUCUUCAAGUAGUUAGUUAUUUAUUUGUGCUAUGCUCAAAACACAAUUUGUGUCUUCAAUGGUAUAUUGCAUGCAUCUGCAUAAAUUCUACACCACGUGAUAAAUUUUGUAUACAACAAUUAUUUGCUAGUUUCAUGA